AUGGCACCUCUCUCCAAGCCUCGGCUACCAACAUACUUCCUUGGUAUCGGUGGCCCUAACUUUAUGGAAAAUACAAGCCAUCCAGCAUAUGCUAAGCUCGCCGAGGUCGGGUAUGAAAUCACCACCAGAGUCAAACCCAAAGCGGUUGUAGCAUUCUCCGCUCAUUGGCAGAGCGGCCCGACCACCAUUCAGAUCAACACUGCCGAAAAGACUGAUCUCAUUUACGACUUCUACGGCUUCCCCCCUCACUAUUAUGAGUUUGAAUAUCCUAGCCGGGGAAGCCCAGAACUGGCUGAAAAGGUGAUUCAGAACUUGGAGGCUUCUGGCAUUCAGGUGGAAAGGGUGAAAAGAGGCCUCGAUCAUGGGAUAUGGGUUGGAUUCAUUGCCGCAUUUAACCCGAAGACUAAUCCGCUAAAUGUGCCACUUGUCCAGGUCUCGCUGUAUAGCAACGAGGAUCCUACCAAGCAUUACCAGCUAGGGAGGGCUCUGGAAAGUCUCAGAGAUGAAGGUGUUCUAAUCAUCGGUGCUGGAAUGGCAGUCCACAACCUUCGCGACUUCAGGGCUAUGAGAGGGGCCCCCAAAACCAUGCCGUACGCUUACACCUUUGAUGAAGCGCUUAAGGAUGCCGUGACAACCGAUCCCCAAGAUCGAGAAGCAAAAAUGUCUGCGUUAAUGAAACGUGAUGACACGAGAAAGGCCCAUCCCACUCUGGAGCAUCUCCUCCCAAUGUAUAUAGCCGCAGGUGCGGCGGGUUCGGAUGUUGGUGAACAAAUCUGGACUUAUCCCGAGGGAAGCCUAAACUGGGCGCAAUACAGAUUUGGCCAGGUUGAGUAA